AUGGUUCAAGGCGCAGUCAAGCUGUCCUCGCGGACCAAGGCGGCCAAGCCGACACACUCCAAGAAGCAGGCGUCCAAGGUGGCCAAGCCGAAAAAGACCAAGGGAAGCAUCGACAAGGUGCACAAGAAGUUCACGUCCGGGCUGACGGCCAAGACGGAGGCGCUGCUGGGCGAGCGGGCCGGACACCUCGAGCUGAUUGGCAAGGGCAAGAAGGCGGACAAGAAAGCGAGCGUCAAGGGCGGGUCCAAGAAGUUUGGCUGA